CCGCGGCGCCGGUCCCCUCCGCCGGCCUCACAGGAACACGUCCGCGCCGCUCACAUCCGUCGCCCUCACCGGAACACGUCCGCGCCGCACGCCUCAGUAGGCCUUCACCAGACCACCGCCGCUCCCCCCCGCUCCGCUCCUUGAGCUCGCCUUUGAGCCGGCGGUGAGCCGGUGGCGAGCUCCUGCAGGCUGCUCCUCUCCUUCCGCGGUUCCUCCCCGUUCCCCGACUCCACCCUCAGCCCUCUGACCCUCUCAAGCAGCAGGCUAGUCAGCAGCCAGCAGCGAGGCACGGAGGCAGGCAGGCCGGCGGCAGCUCGCUUGUUUAGACCCCGACCCCCACUUUGCUCUCGAAGGCAGUAUCAUCAGCAGCACCCAUCCAAGGUUCACUCCUGGUGCCAUUGCCUUACUAAAGUUAGAACAGAGAUCAACUUUGUCAGUUGGAGAGGCUUGGCGCUGCUUCGACAUCCUCAGGAGAGCAAACAAGAAGAUCGCCACGUGCUCGGCGCUGAUUGCUGGAAGAUGGCGCGGCACUGAUUGGUGGAAGUUGUAACGGCGAUCUGAUAUCUGACAUUUGUCCGAAUCCAUUGUGAGUGCGUGGCUGCGUGUGUACCUUUUUUAGCCUCGUUGGAAUGGAGUGCAACAAGGAUGAGGCCCUUAGGGCGAAGGAAAUUGCAGAGAAGAAGUUUGAGUCCCGGGACCUGCAAGGGGCCAAGAAAUUCGCUCUCAAGGCCAGUACACUUUUUCCUGAUCUUGAAGGCAUUGUGCAGCUUAUCACCAUGUUGAAUGUUUACCUUACCUCGGAGGUGAAGAUUGCUGGCGAGAGGGACUGGUACUCUAUCCUUUCCGUGGACACGUCGGCAGAUGAUGAAACUGUGAAGAAACAAUACAGGAAGUUAAUGCUCCAGCUCCAUCCCGACAAGAACAAAUCUGUGGGUGCUGAUGGUGCAUUCCAGUUUGUUAAAGAGGCAUGGAAUGUGCUGUCCGAUAAAACCAAGAGAGCACUGUACGACCAAAAAAGGAAAUUAUUUGUACUACAGCAGAAGAAAUCUCAAUCAAAUAAGACAAGUGUAGCUCCUGGUGCAGCCAAUGGCUUCGAUAAUUUCACAGCAAAAGCACCCGCUUCCAGAGCAAAGGCAAACAAGCAAAAGACAGGAUCAGCAACAUCUGCAGUGCGGCAGCGCCCGCCUCCUCACCAUCAGGCUCCUGCUCCACCUCCACCUCCAGCAACGCAUCCUACAUUUUGGACUUCAUGCAACAAAUGCAAGAUGAAUUUUGAAUAUCUCAAAGUGUAUUUAAAUCAAAAUCUUCUCUGCCCUAGCUGCCGUGAGCCAUUUCUAGCGAAAGAGGUGCCGGUGCCACCGACUGAGAAUGUUCAUGCAGUACGGGAUUCAAACAUCAGUGAUGCAACUCAAGAUGCGAGCACUAGCAGAAAUUUCCAGUGGGGUUCGUUCUCAAGGGCAGCUGGUGCUGCUAGUGCUACUGCAUCAUCUGCUGCUGCUACUCAAGCUGCUAAUAUGGUUCAUCAGACGUAUGAGAAAGUUAAGAGAGAGAGGGAGGAGGCACAAGCAGCAGCAAGAAGGGAAGAUGCUCUACAGAGGAAGCACAAUCUUCUAAAAAGGAAAGCAAAUAUGGAGAAUGUUAGCCAUGGAAUGGGUGCUGGUGCAUCUGGAAAGAAGAUGAAAACUGUGGGUAAAGAAACUGGAGUUGGUUCUUCCUCCUUUCUCUCAGGUCCAUGGGCCAAUUGUGUUAGAACACCAGGCUGUAAUAUACCAUUUUCAACCAACAGUGAAACCUUUAAGUUUCAAGGUGUUAAUGGUGUACCCAGUUGGAGACCCAUACCUACUCGGAUCAGCGUAACUAAGACUUUCUCUCAGCCAGAUAUCAGGAGAAUUUUGAUUGACAAGAUGAAAAGCGAUCUGAGGGAGAAGCUAGGGGAGAUGAGAAGUAAACCAUUCCAAGUUACUCUUGAUGGAAAAGCGAGCAAAAAACACGUGGUUAACGGACAUGUUGAGGGUAAUGAAACUCUUGCAUCAGAUGAUGGUACUACAAACAAAGAUGUUUGCGCUGAUCCAGAGGAGAAUGGUUCUGCUAAUAGCGCAGGUUCUGAAAACGAAGAUGACGACCCUUUCUCUUAUACUGUUCCUGAUCCUGAUUUCCAUGAUUUUGAUAAGGAUCGUACUGAGAAAUCUUUUCAGACUGACCAAAUUUGGGCUUCAUAUGAUGACGAAGAUGGUAUGCCUCGUUAUUACGCAUAUAUUCAGAAACUUAUUUCCGUGAAUCCGUUUAAGGUCAAAAUAAGUUAUCUUGCAUCAAGGACGAACAGUGAAUUUGGACCGUUGAGUUGGGUUUCUUCUGGCUUCAUAAAGACAUGUGGUGAUUUCUGGAUUGGUAAAUAUGAAACUGUUGAUAUUAUCAACAUGUUUUCUCACCAGAUUAAAUUCGAGAAAGGUCCACGUGGGGUGGUCCAAAUUUAUCCACGGAAAGGUGAUAUCUGGGCUUUGUACCGAAAUUGGUCCCCUGAUUGGAAUGAAGAUACUCCUGAUGAUGUGCUUCAUGUCUAUGAUCUGGUUGAGGUACUGGAUGAUUAUGAUAAAGACCAUGGAAUUUCUGUUAUUCCCUUGAUUAAGGUUACUGGAUUGCGAACAGUUUUCCAGCAUCAUCAGGACCGUGAUGCCAUCAAGAGGGUCCCAAAAGAAGAGAUGUUUCGGUUUUCACAUCAGGUUCCUUUUUACAGGAUGACAGGGGAAGAAGCUCCGAAUGUCCCCAAAGAUAGCUAUGAGGUAGACCCAGCUGCUAUUUCUAAGGAACUUCUUCAGGAGGCAGAGGGAACUUCUAAAUGCUGAUUAAAACAGUUGAUGCUGACUCCAUUAUGCCUUUGUUGACCUGCUGUUUAGAAUCUAAUAUUUGUCGACAUUUGCUAGUUUCUAUAGUUUCCUAGCUUCUGUUACUUUUGACAAUUACCUUUUGGAUACAAUGAUUGGUCUGGGGAUAGCCAUUCCUAAAUCAUCUUGUAUGGCAUCUGGGCAAGUAAGUGUCUUGUCAUCUCAACAAUGUUGCUGAUAGUGUGAGUAAAAGACAGUCAUCUUGUAUGUCACAAAAGUAUCUGAUAUGCAAUGUUUGUUCUUGUCUAAAA